CCAGCACAGAAAAUGCUUUGGCUGGAGUUGCGAGUUUUCUGUGAUCACCAGAAUACUAACCUCUGUGUUCUGUCAAACAUGUGUCAAACUUGUUUACGCUGGUUAAAACCGAAAUAUUCAAUCAGAGAACAUACCACAUAGGGGAGAUAUUUUGUGAUAUUCAAUUGUCUUCAUUUGAACGAGUGUUUUAGUAGUGUUCAUAGAGAAAAUAAAAUACUCUAUGGUAGUGUUCACUGUAGUUUGGAAUUUCAGGAGGAAAGGAAGGCACUGGAAUCAGCUUGCGAUACGCACUACUUGGAGGUGAUCAAGCUGAUGCGGCCUGAAAAAAUCGUAGCCAUUGGAAGAUACAUUGAAAAGCGCACGUUGACUGUCCUAAAGCGCGCCCAUUUGAACGUUAAAGUUCUGUGCUUGCCCCAUCCCAGCCCCCGGUCGCCCAAUAACCAGGAUUGGCGCAAAAAAGCUACUGAAUUUCUACAAACCCAUAAUCUGGAUACAUUUUUCCAGUACCGCGCUGACGAUGGAAACUAGUUCAAAAGCCCUACUAGAAGAAGAGCAAAUGUUUAUGGAAAAGGCGUUUGCGUUUGCCAAGGAAGCUCUAGAUAAUCAAGAAGUGCCAGUUGGCUGCAUCUUUGUGUACGAAAAGGAAGUCGUUGCAGUAGGACGCAACGAAGUGAAUGAGAGCAAAAACGCCACUCGGCAUGCGGAAAUGAUCUGCAUUGAUCACGUUACAAAGUACUACAAAGACAACCAACUAGAACUAAAGGAAGUGUUUAGGAAAAUCGACAUUUACGUGACUGUAGAGCCAUGUAUAAUGUGUGCAGCAGCUCUUUAUGAUUUAAGUGUUCGCAGUGUAACUUUCGGGUGCAAGAACGAUCGAUUUGGAGGAAGCACAGUGCUGGAUGUGGCGCAAGUGUUAAAGCCCUCCACAUUGAUUAAAGGCGGCUACAAGGCAGAUGAAGCUAUGCAGUUGCUGAAGGACUUUUACAAAGGGCAGAAUCCCAAUGCACCUGCGGCUAAAGUCAAAAAGAAAUAUUAACUGAUGUGUUGAGGAGAGUAGCCAAUUGGUCUUAAAUCUACGUUUAUUACUUAA